AUGUUGAGGAACAUCAACAUGCUCAAUUCACCCAGUGCCAUCUUUAUGGUCAACCUUGCCAUCUCAGACCUGUUGCUCAUCUUUUCUCUACCGAUGAGGGUCUACUAUUACAUCAGAGGCACAUGGUUUUUUGGCAACAUGGCAUGCAUCUGGGUCACAAUGCUCUUUCGCAACAAUAUCCGAUCCAGCUCCAUCUUCAUCACCUUCAUCAGCAUGGACCGCCUCCUGGCUGUGGUUUAUCCUUUGAGGUCCCGGCACCUUCGAACAUCAUCCAAAGCCUGGAAAGGUGCUGCACUUGUUUGGCUGAUUGUUUUGGCGCUUAAGCCAGCUGUCAGUGAGAGUCUUCUGAAAUACUGUGCUCUGCACUGCACAGUCACGCGCACUGAGAGACCGGCGGCCGCUGCUGCUGCGGUCGACAGCGGGGAAGGGAGCAGCAAACAGCGAACACUGCCCGAGGCUGCUCCACGUGACGACACUGGGACGGAUGGCUCCGUGAUCGGGGCUGACGGUGGUGACAGUGGCUCCGUGAUCGGGGCCGACGGUGACAGUGGCUCCGUGGCCAGGGCUGAUGGAGGUGAGAGUGCUGUUAGUGGCUCAGUGGUUGGGGCUGAUGGUGCUGUUAGUGAAUUAGUGGUUGGGGCUGAUGGUAAUGUGGGUGAGGAAGAGGCGGUGGUCAGGACAGGGCAGAGGGUGGAUGACCUGGGGAGGCCAGAGCAGGCUGCAGAGGGUGCUGCUGGGCGGGAUGUGGAGCUGCUGCAGGUCAGCCCUGACAGUGAGCCGGAUGACUCGGUGAACUCGGUGAUCAACGCCUGGCAGACACUGAAGGUCUCAAGAACUCCUGACCCUGGGCCAGGGAUGUGGGUCUAUGAGGAGCCACUUUUUAAUAAUGACUUCCUUAGGAAUGCCACACUGUCUUCCGUCACUCUGAGGACCAAAUUUGUUGAGGCCGGCAUGACCAAACUGGGCCACCUGAGAGAGAGAGAGAGAGAGAGAGAGAGUGAAAGAGAACUAAAGCGCCAUCUUCAGCGGCUAAAAGCUAUUGCCGAAUUCCCAGUAGCCUACUGA